AUUUUUCAGCUCAUGAUAAUCGACCAUUUCGUUCACUUGCGACGAUUGCGUUUCGCUUAGAUUUUUUUAUAUCGUCUAUACAUAGUUCGGUGUAUUUGUUUAAAUAUUGAUUUUGUUAUUUGAGGCUCGCGUAUGUGAGUCAGGUCGUUGCUGCACGAAUGUUUAUAACAUUAGUUGGGGCCUGCGAUAUACUAUUUUGGGAUCGGCCAAAUGUUGGCUUUGUGCUCAUGUUUUAACCAUCAUAUUGCUCCCGUGUAGCGAUCACGAGCGUCAACCCAUCAUAAACGGCAAGGAAAUUGUGUUGUACAUGUUUUGCUUCCUGUCGCUGUGUUUAUUUUAUACGACAUAGCAAAAGAAAACAUAGCCACUGGUAUUAAAGUAUACACAAGCGAGUUCCAGUAUUUUACAUAUAAAUUAUAUACAGUCUAGUCUAAAAGUUUCUUAUAAAAUACAACCAAAUAAGUAUUCCUCGUACUUAAUAUAUUCUACUUAAUAAAACUGUGAUAAAUAAUUUGUGGCGGGACAAUGUGGUUUUUGUUCUAAAUGAACUUGUGCAAUUUUUUUUAUAACAUAAUCAGUGCAAUUUAUAAUAAGGACUGAAAUAUAAUCGGCCAAAGAUAACUUAAGUAUUAUGUUUUUAUAAAAUAAAAUAUCAUCUGUGGUUGAGUAACUGGCCGGCAAGAUGGCGUUGCCACCGCAACAGUUUUGUGUGAGAUGGAACUCAUAUCAUACCAAUUUACAGUCGGUGUUCCCCCGACUAUUGCUGACGGAGCAGUUUGCGGAUGUGACGUUGGCGUGCGAGUCGCGCCAGCUGCGCUGUCACAAGCUGGUGCUGUCCGCCUGCAGCGCGUACCUCGAGCGUCUGCUGCUGCAGAAUCCCUGCAAGCACCCCAUUGUACUUAUGCGGGAUAUGAGGUUCAGUGAAAUGCAGGCCCUAGUGGACUUUAUGUACAAGGGUGAGGUGAACGUCACUCAAGAGGAACUACCAAGCUUGCUCAAGUCUGCAGAGGCGCUGCAGAUCAGAGGAUUAUGCUCGAGUGAUACGAGUGGCCUGACUUCAGAGACCAGCUCCGGUGGAGAGAGCAAAGACUUCACGGUGGCGAGCGAAGCGCUCGUCGCCAACGCGCAUAGAGAAACUACCACUAAUGGUCCAACAAACCAGCAGCAGAAGCCCGCUAACGUGAAUGUGACAACAAACGGCACUAAGAAACGGAAGUCAGAAGACAGGGAGAGGAACCCCGAGGUGAAGGAGGAGACGGUGGAAGAAGAUGGACUUUACUAUGGCGAACUGGACAACGAGAAUAUAGAAUUUAACGAGGAAGAAGAAACAGGAAAACCAGGCAGCAGUUUGGGGCAAACGUCAGGUGGAAGCCAAUACAUACGAGUGAAGCCGGAAAGCGAAUUAUUGUUUCAUACAAAAUUACAAAACUUAUCAAAAGCUAAUUCAGACUACAUAAAUAGACUUUCUAAAAUGAAUGCGUCUGAAAUUCAAAAUGAAUUCUCUAAAUACGGCCUUGAAACAAAUAUGACAUCCGAUGAGGCAUAUGUACAAAAAAAUGCUGAAAAUGAUUACUAUAAAUCUUGGCUAGAACAAAAUGGUGAACUCGAAGUGUCACUAUUAAAAGCAAAUCAAAUAAAAAAAUCCAAAACAGAUAUAAAAAAUCAAAAAUCCGAAGUCGAACUUAUUCCGAAACCGAAAACCGUUAAGGAUUAUCCGAAAUCUGGGGAAAAACCACAGAUACGUAGACGAGGUCGGCCACCAAUUUUUAAAGAUAAAAACAUGGAUAUCGGUGAUACUGUGUUGAAAUCUGAUUUAGAUCAAUUUUUAGAAGGUAAAGAAGUGAGUUCAUCUGGAUUGUCUCGUAAGGAUUUAGAAAGAGUAAUGAUGGGAAAAUUCAACCCUAACAGAAGGUAUUCCAAUGAAGCUAUGUGGGCAGCUCUUAUGGAUGUGAAGAAAGGUGGGAGCAUAUAUAGAGCUGCACAAACACACAAAGUACCUCGCAAGUCUCUCCGUAAUUGGAUGAAACGUUGCCACAUUAAAUCUUCAUUCCCAAUGCCACAGCAAUUGAAGCAGUUUGUUGAAAAUAGCAAAAAACAAAGGGAAUACAAAACAUUUGAUGGAUAUCCAAAUGCAGUUGACGGUCAAAGUUAUGGUGAAAAAAGUGGUAACGAAGAUGUACAAUUUGAUAAUGAAAUAGAUUUUGGUAAACAUUUCCUUACAUUUACAGGCAAUAAUAUAUCAAGUGAAGAUGAGACGAAAGUGGAAGAAAAACCUACCGAAACGGUAGAAAACAGUGAAGAUGGCAACACUGCUCUUGAUAUGUCAGUACAUGAAUAGUUUGCUUUUGAAAUACAGUUUUAUCUUGAAAAUUUCCUGUCCCAGAUUAAAGAUAAUGAUUGCCAAAGAAUAAAAAAAAUAAUUAUGGCGGAAUUGCUCUUUCGUCUACUUUAUCUGCCGCAGUCCCUAAGUGGUUACAUAAUCAUUCGUAUAGAUAAAAAAAAUCAUUGUUACACUAAAUCUACAUUAAGGGGCAGCCUUAGUGACCUCUGAAUCGGCAUUAUGACCAAAGUUUUACGCAUUGAGUACACCUUAAACGAAUUUGAAAAAAUGUUGUACG